AAAAGUUUUACCCCUUUAUAUACUAUUUAUUUACUAUAUAUAUAUCUAGGUACAUACGUAUGUGUGUUCACCAGUGGAUACACACAAACAAGGAAGUGGUGCGGGGCAACAGCAGCCUGAGCGGCACGGUUGCGGCGCAGGUGCCUUGUUGUGAAUAGCUACCUGGCCUGGGUAUUUAGUCCAGCUGCUCCAGCCAGCCUACUAUCUACUCCUUCAUCCCGAUACAGUGCCAACGCUCUGAAACCUCGGAGCUUACAGAACAGUCGAAGAAUCCCGUUGGACAAGCAAGCGAGCAAGCAACCAUGGCAGCCGAAAUAGAGAACGACUACCUCUUCCAUAACGAUAACGAGCUUACGCGCCUGGCUCUUCAGCACGUCAUCAUCAAAGAUGCCACCAAGGGCAAGCAAGUCUUUGCCCCCAUCAGUUUCGAUGGUUCUCCUCUCCAAAUCCUAGAUGCAUGCACGGGUGACGGUCUGUGGAUCCGCGAUCUCCAAGCUUCCAUCGCCCCCAACGAUUCCCAGCAUAGCUAUACUGGAACCGAUAUUGAGGUAUCAUAUUUCCCUAAAGAGCCUCCGGCCAACACGAGUUAUCAUGUGCAAGAUAUCACCAAGCCAUGGCCCGCAGACUGGAACGGCAAGUUCGACCUCAUUCACCAGCGUCUCGCGCUCGUGGUCCCAGGUAGUGAGGAAAAUACCAUCAAGGCGCUUAAGGGCUACGUCGACCUGCUGAAACCGGGAGGAUGGAUUCAGCUCGUGGAGGUGCGACAAUGGACCAAAGAGACCGAUGGUCAGGCGUUCAAGGACUUGAAUGUCUGUUUGGCCGAUAUGAUAAAGACAAUCGGCGCUAGCCUCACGCACAUUGACAAUGCAAAGUCGUGGUUGGAAUCCUUGGGCCUUGUCGAUGUCCAAGAAGAAACCGUGGAAGCGAAUUAUGGUACCCGUGAGGAUAAAAAGGCACAGGAGAUUGCGAAGAGGAGUAUCCUCACCACCGCGGGCAGCAUUUUGGGCAUCACAUCCACUUUCCCGCAGCAACUAUUGACUCUGCCUCAGGAGAGAGUGGUGGGGAUCAAGGAUGACCUUGAGAGUGAGUUCAACAAGGAGCCCGUCAGUGCACACUGGCAGUACAAGAUUGUCUGGGGGCGAAAGGGGGCUUGAACCUUGAUGUUAGGAAUUCGGUAGGAGUCAGGAGUAGUUGGGAGUAUCCACCUGCCACUCCAAAGUGAUUCGCAACAAGGAUUAGAGAACGCCAACUGCGGGAGCUUGAGCGGGUGGGCGGUGGGCGGACCCUCAUCUAGCGGCCGCCAUGUGUCCAAGUGCCACAACGUCAACGGUCCGUUCAAAAGAAACGGAUCUCGAUAUUAUCUACUUUAUCAUGCGCAAUAGUAGAAAACAUCUUUUGCUCGUUUCAGUAAAUAUUGACAACCCCAAAAGGAAAACAUCACGUGGAUUAAUCUGCCAAGCAGUCCGUAUCGUACGUACAACACAGUAAGACGAAUUCUGAAAGCGUGCCAGGUAUAUUGCGACGCAUUACCGACUGAACGGCAAAUGAAAUUCGUGAUUUUAGAACCACCCUGGCACUUCUGCCGUCUAUACGUGCAUGUCACUGCAUGAGUGCAAGUCUCGUUCCAACAUCGCGG